UCUUAAUCACAUGCUUAACUCGACAAAUUGAGUGUCUACAGUUCUACAGUAUUGAGUGCACCAAAGAAUCAGCCAGGACUGUCAAUUGGGUGCACGAGCCAGCCAUCUGCUGCGACCGGCCAGUAUCCGCCAAAGUCCUGAGACGUUAUCAUAACAACAAGCUAAAGAUGUUGACACACAGGUGGAAGAGUAUUGGUGUUCAAGAUCCAGUCCGUAGUACCAUGAACGACUACAGUCCUGAGUCUUUACUAAAAAUGACAUCCAUGAAGAUCAGCCAAGCUGCAGCUCAAGGAGAACAUGCAGAAACAAAUGGAUUGCACGGUUUAAGUCUGAGAAUUUCUGAAGUUGGAUGCUCAGAGGGAAAAGUCAGCGAUAAACUCUUGUUAUCUAAUACAUCAGGAUCAUCAGAGUGCCACACUGACAGUGACCUUUCAGAUCAAGGACAGGAAAACACUGAAAUAUCAAAAUGGGCAGCAGCUCUGGAAUUGGACCUGAAGCCAGAGCCUUUUGAUGACGACCUGGACCAUUGUUCUACAAAAACAGCAUUUUACCCAGAGGUUUUACCUGCUUCCCUCAGAGUCCUGGAAUCCACACAGGGUCUUUCUUCUGAGAUUGAGCAGAGUCUUUUUGUGACUGAUCCUUGUCUUGCUCCUGUGAUAUCACGCCUGAUGGAGUUAGAAAGGCUUCAGGCUGCUACUGUGCAGAAAGAGCAAGCAAAACUAGCGCGAUCUCAAGCAGCUUCUGCUAGUACACGAAACGGCCAUCGUCUGAGGAAAAGUGACCCAGGAUGCAAGGCAGGGAUUUCAAAGGAUGCAGAGUGCAAUUCCAUAAUGAAUAGUUUUAUCAAACUCAUGGUUUGUCCCAGCUCUUCAUGCAGAUGCAGGCAUCAUGCUUUCCCUUCUACAAAAUCAGGCCAAGUAAGCAGGGGCAAUUUGCCGCAUUCCAUCUCGACUAAAAAUCCUCACAGUAUAUCAUAUAAAGUCAAAAAACCUCCAAGUGUGCCCCCAACUUUAUCUGUUCGUGUAAAGAUCCCACAAAAACCCACAGUGUCAAACAGGACCAAAAGUCCAAAGAUACAGACUGGAUCAAUUUCAGCCAAAAAGGAAGAGGGUUCUAAUAGGAAAACAUAAUGCUUAUAUUUAUCAGUGUUUGUUAAUUAGGAAUUGCAAUACUGUUAAAUAAUGACUAUUAAAUUAAUAA